UGCAACGAACGGCACCGGAAUAUUCUCGCCGUCUUUACGGUCUGAUUGAGAAUUUGAGAUAGCUUAAAGAGGCUUCUUUUCAUUUGAUUUUCAACGUCAGACCGGCCUUCUACGUGUCGCUCCAUCUGCUACACGAUUAGAUCAAUGGCUAGAUUUGAAUGAAGAGGAGAGGUUUGCAGAGGAGAGAAACCAUUUGGCCUGGAACAGUGUUAGAAACGGGGAAGGCAAUUCCGAGCUCAAGCUGACUCGCUAGGGUUUUAGACUUGAGAGAUUCAAUAUUGUUUCUCUCAUAGGGUGAAAUUCAAAUUUGGCAGUGAAAAUGAAUACUAGCGAUUCUCAGAAGGACCCGAAUGCUCUGGAGAAUCGACCCGGGAUCCUUGUGAUUGGAUCUUCCAAUGUUGGCAAACGCACACUCUUAUCCCGAUUGCUCUCUACUGAUUUUGAAGAUGCUUCCGAUUCUGCCUCUGAUGUGUCUGUCCAUGGGUGGACUAUCAAUACCAAGUACUAUACUGCUGAUGUUUCUGUAUGGAUGACUCAUCUUAGUGAUGACUUUUCUGUUCGGAACCUGCCCAUAUCGCACCAAUUGACUGCUUUGGUUAUGGUUUUUGACAUGAACGAUUUAUCUUCUCUAGCUGCACUCCAGGAUUGGGUAUCACGCACUGAUAUUCAAAACUUCGAGAUAUUAUUAUGUAUUGGAAACAAAGUGGACCUGGUUCCAGGUCAUCCAGUUCAUGCUGAAUACAGAAGACGACUACAGAAACUGAAAGACUCUGUUGUUGAUCCUUGCUCUGAGUCCACGGAGUAUGGAAUAUCUGACUCUGAAGGAACUAGUUUAUUGGGGAAUGAAGGUCCAACAUGGGAUUCCAGAAGAUCUUGUUCAGAAUGGUUCACUGAGCAUGGCAUUGAAUUCAUUGAGGCGUGCGCUUCCAAUGCCGAUUUUGACAAAUGCUUGUCUGUUGAUGGUGAUUCACAAGGAGUUGAACGGUUAUUUGGUGCUCUUUCUGCUCAUAUGUGGCCUGGGAUGAUCUUCAAGUCUGGUGAUAAAAUAAGUGAACCAUCAAUACCUCAGAAAGAGUCUUCUUCAGAAGAAUCUGAUUAUGAAUUGGAGUAUGAAGUCCUAUCUGAUGGUUCAGCUGAUCCUUGGGAUGACACAGAACAAAGAUGGGUUUCUGCUACUCCCGUAGAUGCUGGAAAAUCAGUUUCACAAAACAACCCCAUCUCAGAUUCUGAACUCAAAGAUGGAACCAGGUCUGAUAAACAUUUACAACCAUCAACUUCAAGCACUGUAUUGCAGGAUGAGGGUGACAAGGAAGUUGGGGAUUCUGAAGAAGAUGGGGUAUCAGGCAAAGGUCUUGACUUAGAGGAUUUGGAACAGCUAAUGUCAGAGAUAGGCAAUAUGCGUGCUGGCUUAAGACUGAUGCCUGAUUUCCAGAGAAGGGAAAUGGCUGCAAAGUUGGCCUUGAAAAUGGCUUCCGUGUUUGGGGGAGGUAGCGACGAUGAAGAUGAACUGUAGAGAAUAAAUUGUCUUCUGCUUAUGAGAUUCUGAUAGAUGUGUCUGAUGAAUGUCAUUGUUUGGAAUCUUAUAAGCGCCAUCUCUCUUACACAAAAAUCCGAGGUUUUCUCAUGCUCUUUGCGACUCAUGGUUAUAUUUCCGGAACAGAACAUUCCGUUCAAAAUUGAAUCUCUAGUCAUGUUCAUGGUGCCUUUCAGGGUUUUAAUGCUGUGACAUGCUCAGAUAAUUUAUUAUACAAAGUGCGAGCAUUUACAGAGUGUUUUAAAGAUCUGGUCUUGAUUUUUUCUUCUCGGUCUGUAAAAAUAUAGAUCAAAUCCAAGUUGCACUUAGGGAUGGACGAAA